AUGACAAAUAAGCCUAUGGACGAUACGCCACAGCUCUCCCCCACCGAGUCAAGCGAAGAUGAGUCCGACGAAGAACUCGUGGAGACUCUCGUCGCCGGCAGGGAGCGACGCAAAACUGCCGGCAAUCGCUAUGACAGGGACAUGAUACUGGAAGAGGUAGCGAAUGUGGAUGAGCAAGACGAGGUGACUUUGCUGUUCGCGGACAACGAAGAAGAAGAGGAUGAAGAAUUCAGAAGCGGCGACGACGACGAAGAUGCGGACAUGUCCUCCAGCGACGGUGACGAUCAAGGUCCUAAUGCUGCCACCGAUGACCUCGAAGGAGAGAAGGAAUUACAAAAGCAGGCCAAAGUAGAUCGAGCAAAGAAACGGAAGGCAGAUCUAGCCCUUACAAGCAUUGCGGGUAUUAGGAAGAAACUCAAAACUGACCACACAAGGCCGGCCGUAGCGUCUGUUGCCGCGAAGCCAUCGAAGAAGAAGAAAGAGCGAGUUACAUGGGUUCAUGAUCGCGAUUCAGGUCGAAGUUCCCUACGCAAACAGACGAUCGCCCACCGAGCAGAAACCAUUGCCCGACUGAAAGAGAGCGAAGCCCAAAGCAAAAAGCUGAAGGCACUGAAAGAGCAACGGGAAAAAGAAAGAGCAAGGGACGCGCCCAAAGAACUCACGCAGGCUGAUCGACUGGCUGAAGCUGCAAGGGUAGAGCGACAAAAUGCUAAGAGCCUGAACCGGUGGGAGGCCAUGGAGAAGAAGAGGCAAGAAGAACUAGCAGCAAAGUUGGCAGCUCUCAAGGACAGGAAACUGGAAGGUCCAGUCAUCACCUGGUUAAGUGCAAAGGCCAAGUGGGUUGGGCCAAAACUGAACAAAAUCGGUACAAGGGACGUGACAGAUUGGGUAGGCCCACCAGAGAUGAAGAAGCGUGGGAGAAAGUCAAAAGCGUACCUUGAGCAGUUGGCCGCAGAAAGGAACGUAGAUUCAGGAGCAGCCACAGCAGCAAAAACAAGUACUGUGGGAACGCCGCAGGCAUCACUCCCUAUAUCGGAUCAGCCGAAGGAGCUGACCCAGGAAACGACAGCCACAACCACAAUCAUAACGACCACAACAACAGCGACUGUUGCACCUGUCGUGGAGAAUGCACAACCGGAAAUCACGCUCACUUCCCCACUGGAGCAAGUGGACUCGUUCUUGAGAGGGAUACACGAAUACACUAAUAUGCAAACGGACCGGCGAGUCAGUCCAGUUUCUCAACAUUCAAAUGUACAGCGAGAUUCCGAAAAGCGACCAGAAAUACAGCAAAGUUCGAGCACAUUGCCAGAAAAUAUCCCGGGCUCUGUUGUCGAGGCUACGCCCAUUCAAAACUCUUCUAGUAAGAUUACGGAAAAUGCCACCGUCAAGCCUGAAAUACCCCCAGAGCAGACACAUGUGCCGGAAGCUAUCCCACCAUCGGAGCAGACGCAGCCAUCUGCAGCCAUCGAGGAUGCGGAGCAGAUAGAGACGCCGGGAACGAUCGUACAAGCAGAAGUGACGCAGCUGGCCGGAACUAUCGAGCCGGCAACAGCACCGGAGCCUCCACCGGUUGUGGAAGACUCGACGCGGAACCUGGUCAUUCUAGAAAAUUUCCAGGAGCUUUCUACCGAGUCCCGGCAGGAAUACUCCCUGUUCUACAACCAUUGCAAAACUGCCAAACCCGCCAAACCCGCCAAAUCAGCGAAGCACAAUCACGAGGUGUGUCCCAUCACAGUGUUGACUGCCCGAUAUCGAGAUCCAGACAUGGGUAUCGCUUUUGCCAAUGCAGCCGCAUACAAAACGCUCCACGAGCUAAAGGAGCACAAGUUCAUGUGGAGCACUAUGCUCGGAUGCUAUGUUGGUCGGGAGGGGGCCACGCCAGCUCGGGGAGUACCAGAGGGUUGGGGUUGA